UAUCUUCUCCAACCUAAUUCCAUUUUCAAUUUCAAAGAGUAUGGAGGGUUGGAGUACAAGGCGAGAACAGGUGGAUAAGGGGAGGGUCGGAGUCCGGUGCCGGCGCGGGGGCUUGGCCCUAUGUGGUUUCGUUCGCGACCUUAUUGAACUGGUCGGCCGACGAGCCUUGUCGCCGGAACGAUAUAGCAGAUCUCUCCAUUACCGACCUCGAGAUUCGUCUGCAGCUCAAAAAUUUUCAUCGGUGGUAUCAAACUCCAUGGCUCAUACUCAGUAUUUAAAAACACAGAGCCACGCAUCGUUUUGCACAUCUGCAGCCAAACUCGACUCAGAGGAAGGCGAUGAAGAACCACAAAGAAUAAAUGUAACUUUUGUGGACAAAGACGGAGAGGAGAAGCAUAUCAGUGUCCCUGAGGGGUUUUCAAUGCUAGAAGCUGCUCAUGACAAUGAUAUAGAUCUUGAAGGAGCAUGUGAGGGUACAAUGGCUUGUUCCACUUGCCAUGUUAUCGUCAUGGAUGAAGACCAAUAUAAUAAAUUACCAGAUCCAGUUGAUGAGGAAUUGGACAUGUUAGAUCUUGCAUUUGGCCUCACAAAAACGUCUCGCCUAGGCUGUCAAGUAAUUGCAAAACGCGAACUUGAUGGACUUCGUCUAGCACUUCCGUCAGCUACUUCAUGAUCAUGUAGGUACCCCAGCGUCCUUGAGCCAUCUGUAAGUAAAGUUCUAUACGGAUGAUGAAAGAAGUCGGGAGCAUAUUUUUCGCAGUUGUGAUUCUCUAAGGAGAAGGAUUUUUUUUUUCACUCGUUUAAAACCAUGAGUCAAUACUCUGUUGGUUUUGUGGCGUUUUGGAUAAUAGGAACUCAGGAUUGCCUAAUAUUCUUCAAUUUUUGUAGUUAGGGAUUCCAAUAGUCUAGUAAGCCAUUUAUUUCGUAGUGCUGUAUAAUUGUUAUUAUCACUGUAGCUGUGUAGCAUGAUUCGAGUAAUUGAUUUACGUUAUGUGCUA